AUGAAAUGUGCCUCGGGCAGCGCAGCGAACCGGUGCAGGGCGCAUCUUCUGCAGAGUGAUAAAACCCAGCAGGAAUCUUUCUUUUCUCUCUCUCCCCCUCCCCCUCUCUAUCCCUCCUCUCUCCCUUUCUCUCUCUAUAUAUAUCUAUCUCUCACCACGACUAUAAAGAGAGAAUGGGUGUUUCAUUACACACAUAGUCUCUUUCUCUUUCUCUCUCUCUCUCUCUCUCUCUCUCUCAUUACAUCAUUACUCUCAUUAACACUUAUUACGCUAUCUUUCUUUCUCUCUGCUUCUCUAUUUCUAUCUAUCUAUCUAUCUAUCUAUCUAUCUAUCUAUCUAUCUAUAACCGUGCAUAUAGUCUUAUUCAUAAAUGAUUUUUUUAUGUUUCUUUCUUUCUUUUGUCGAUUCUUUCAUUUGUUUUUUUUUUCUCUGUUUACUUUUAAUCAUGUUUUGUUUUCGUAUCGCCCGUUCUUUACAUUCUUUCUUUUUUUAUCUUUUUCUUUCUUUCUUUCUUUCUUUCUUUCUUUCUUUCUUUCUUUCUUGAUUUUUUCGUUGUUUUUCUGUUUAUUUUCUGUCUUAUUUUUUGAUUCCAUUUCUUUCUUUUUUUCUUACUUCUUGUCUUUUAUUGUUUCCGUUUAUUUUUCAUGUUUUGUUUGUUUCUUUUUUUAUUUCUUUGGUUUUGAUGCCUUUUUCACUCUCAUUUUUUCUCUCUGUUAUUAUUAUUAUGAUCCUCUCUUUUUUGUAUCAAUUUUUUUCUCUUUCUUUCUUUCUUUCUUUCUUUCUUUCUUUCUCCCUCUCUCUUCCUUUCUUUUUUACUUUUUUGAAUUCAACCACUUUUCCCUCGCUAUCAUUCUUUGUCUUCAUUCUCCAUUUAAUGAAACAAUUGCCACACUUAUUCAGAAUACACCUCCCUCACUCAAACUCUCUCUCUUUCCCUCUCUCCCUAUCUAUCUAUCUAUCUAUCUAUCUAUCUAUCUAUCUAUCUAUCUAUCUAUCUAUCUAUCUAAAUCCAUUCCUUAUCUCUCUAAAUAUAACGUGAAAAUAAAUCUAUCUAUCUAUCUAUCUAUCUAUCUAUCUAUCUAUCUAUCUAUCUAUCUAUCUCAUUUAUCUAUCUAUCUAUCUAUCUAUCUAUCUAUCUAUAUCUAUGUAUCUAUUAUUUCUUUUCUUUUCUUUUAUGAAUGUUUCCUUUUAAUAUCUAUCUAUCUAUCUAUCUAUCUAUCUAUCUAUCUAUCUAUCUAUCUAUCUAUCUAUCUAUCUAUCUAUCUAUCUCCUCUCUCUCUCUCUCUCUCUAUAUAUAUAUAUAUAUAUAUAUAUAUAUAUAUUUUGUCCACAUCUAUCUAUCUAUCUAUCUAUCUAUCUAUCUAUCUAUCUAUCUAUCUAUCUAUCUAUCAAACAAUCACAGCGUGA